GCCGGGAUACGCGACGGCGCGCGUCGCCUAGAGGUUAGGCCUCACGGCCUAGGGAAGCUGCGGGAGAACCAGGAGCAGCGAGCGGGUGACCGAGUGUGCGGGGCCGGCUUGUGGGUUCUGCUUUACUGGCCGCCUCAGAAAGAGGUUGGAGCGCCCCGAAGCCGUGCAGCCGCCCUCUUUCCGCGCCGGCGGAGUGGAUAAAGUGAGCAAACAAUGGCAAAUAAUCACAAACCUUCAGCAACUCGCCCUGUUUCAAGAGGUGGAAUUGGGUUGACAGGAAGGCCUCCUUCUGGAAUGCGACCCCCAUCAGGAAAUAUUCGAGUGGCAACUGGAAUGCCACCUGGAACAGCAAGACCAGGUUCUCGUGCAGGUCCUGUAGGGACUGGUGGAGUUCUGUCAUCUCAAAUCAAAGUAGCUGAUCGUCCUGUGACACAACAAGGAUUGAGUGGAAUGAAAACUGGGAUGAAAGGUCCCCAAAGACAAAUUUUAGACAAAUCUUAUUAUCUUGGACUUCUCAGAAGUAAAAUAAGUGAACUUACAACUGAAAUUAAUAAGCUUCAGAAAGAAAUAGAAAUGUACAAUCAGGAGAAUUCUGUGUAUUUGUCAUAUGAAAAGAGGGCAGAGACUUUAGCUGUUGAAAUCAAAGAGUUUCAAGGACAACUAGCAGACUAUAACAUGUUGGUAGAUAAACUUAAUACCAAUACUGAAAUGGAAGAAGUAAUGAAUGAUUACAACAUGCUUAAAGCCCAAAAUGAUCGAGAAACACAAAGCAUGGAUAUCAUAUUUACUGAAAGACAAGCGAAAGAAAAACAAAUUAGAAGUGUAGAAGAAGAAAUUGAGCAAGAAAAACAAGCAGCAGAUAGCAUUAUCAAGGAUAUGUCUCCUGAAAAGCAAGUCAAGUACAUAGAGAUGAAAACCACAAAUGACAAAUUGUUGCAGGAAUUAGAUACACUUCAGCAACAACUAGAUUCACUGAACAUGAAAAAAGAGAGCCUGGAAACUGAAAUAGCACACUCCCAGAUAAAACAGGAGGCUGUAUUGCUGCAUGAAAAACUUUAUGAGUUGGAAUCCCAUCGAGAUCAAAUGAUUGCAGAAGAUAAGAAUAUGGGUUCACCAAUGGAAGAGAGAGAGAGAUUACUUAAGCAGGUUAAAGAAGAUAAUCAGGAAAUAGCCAGCAUGGAGAGACAGUUAACAGAUAUAAAAGACAAAAUAAAUCAGUUUAAUGAAGAAAUUAGACAACUUGAUAUGGAUUUAGAGGAACACCAAGGUGAAAUGAACCAGAAAUACAAGGAACUUAAAAAAAAGGAGGAAAAUAUGGACAAUUUUAUUGAGAAUUUUGAGGAAACUAAGAAUCAAGAACUGGAACGGAAGGCACAGAUAGAAGCCAGCAUUGUUGCGCUAUUAGAGCACUGUAGUCGAAAUAUAAACCGAAUGAAGCAGAUAUCCUCAAUCACUAAUCAAGAGCUAAAGAUGAUGCAAGAUGACCUCAAUUUUAAAUCUACUGAAAUGCAAAAAUCACAAAACACAGCCAGAAAUUUAACGUCAGACAGUCAACGUCUACGGUUGGAUCUACAGAAAAUGGAGCUUCUGGAAAGUAAGAUGACUGAAGAACAACAUUCUCUCAAAAACAAAAUUAAGCAAAUGACAACUGAUCUGGAGACUUAUAAUGAUUUGCCAGCUUUAAAGUCAUCAGCUGAAGAAAAGAAAAAGAAAUUACAUCAGGAGAGAACCAUAUUAUCAACCCGCAGAAAUGCAUUUAAAAAAGUAAUGGAGAAGUUAAACAUGGAACAUGAGACACUAAAAACAAAAUUGCAAGAAAAUGAGACACAUGCACAGCUUACAAAUUUGGAGAGAAAAUGGCAACAUCAUGAGCAAAAUAAUUUUGUAAUGAAAGAAUUCAUAGCCACGAAGAGUCAAGAAAGUGAUUACCGGCCAAUUAUGAAAAAUGUGACCAAGCAGAUUGCAGAGUACAAUAAAACCAUCGUGGAUGCUCUACACAGCACUAGCAGGAACUGACGCUACAGCACAUGACAAUCUGUAUAGAAAUCUCUUCUUUCUGUGAAACUUUCUACAGACUGACUAAAAUAAAAUAACUUACUUUUAAAGAGUUGUGCCUAAAAUUUCUAAGUGCUAUAAUUUCUGUAGCAUCUUUGAAGAGUGAUAUUUUAAGUAAUAAAAUAGCUCAAUAGUUUGUAUAUUAAAAUGUAUUAUCUCCUUUGUUUUUUCUAUUUGUUUUGUGGGAAUAAUAAAAAUAUACCAAAAAAUCAAAAGGUGAACAAACUUGAAGUUAACGUUGAGAUUCACUUAGCUGGUGUCAUGCAUCUAUGAUAAUCAAUGAGAGAAUUUUUUCUUGUAUCAACUCUAGGAAACCAUGAGGGAAUGUGAAUCUGAUUUAGCAUUUACACCAGCCUUGUGGAUAGAAAAAUAGAAGGGAGAUUUUUAGCUUUGAGCCUUCUCAAAUACUACAAAUAUAUGUCCUUGGUGUAUAAAGUCACAGAUAAAUAUGUAAUACAUAUCUUUGUGUAUUUGUUAUUUAGAAUUUGAAACUUUAAAGAUUAUCAUUCUUAAAAUAUAUAUGCCUGAAAAAACAGAUGUAAAAGAAAUGCUACCCUUAUGGUAGCCAGUUUUGGACUAUGGCUUAUACAGUUUAUUUCCACCCUAAAGCUUACAUUUGCUCUUACACAACUGGGAGUACUUAAGUAGGUUAAUUUCUCAACAUUGGCUAAACAAUUUGAAAAGAAAAUCAACAAGAGGUAAAAUUAUAAAAAAAUCUAACCAGUCCUAUUUAGGGGAGAGGAUCUUAGAGUCUUCAAGACAUUAUAGUAACUACACUUGUAUCUUCUCUUGUGGGACAGGAAUGAGUCACUUUGGCCUGCAUAAAAUAUUCUUUAAGUUCUUUAAAAAAAAAACCUUUUUGUUUAUAUAACAUGUUUAUUGGGUAACUACCUCUUGAUUUACCGGAAACACGAAGAGUAUAUUGGAUUUAAAAAAAAAAAAGCUUCAUUGAUAUCAUUUAUA